CUUAAAAUUUACCGAAAAUAAAAAAAAGGUGGUUCCUUUCAUGCUUGCUUGCAUCUUCACACUUCUCUCCGUCUCUCUAUGUCUGUGUCUCCGUCUCUCUCUCUAUCUCUCCGCCAAUCUUGUUUUCAGUAAAGAUUCUUCCAACAACAAAGAGCUCCACAGAUUCACCUGAUACCUUCCUCUGGAUUCUACCGGAUCAUCGUCCGCCCCUUCGGUUUUUCCAAGAUCAACUCUUUUUUCUCGGCUAGAAGCCCCUAUAAUACAAAAGAGAAAAUCUAUAGGCUAGAUUUCAUAUUCACCAAGACCGUUGUUUUCGAGAUGAGCACAGGGGAGCUCCUCGGCAUCGAACCUCUCGAACUCGAGUUCCCUUUUGAAUUGAAGAAGCAGAUCUCGUGUCCGCUUCAACUGUCAAAUAAGACCGAUAAUUAUGUAGCUUUCAAGGUGAAAACAACAAAUCCGAAGAAGUAUUCUGUUCGUCCGAACACUGGAAUUAUCUUGCCACGGUCCACAUGUGAUAUUAUAGUUACCAUGCAAGCUCAGAAGGAGGCUCCUCCUGAUAUGCAAUGCAAGGACAAGUUUCUGCUUCAGAGUGCAAGAGCAAAGGAUAGUGCGACUGCAAAGGAUAUCACCCCAGAAAUGUUCAAUAAGGGGGCUGGACAUACAGUCGAGGAGUGCAAAUUGAGAGUCAUAUAUGUUUCUCCACCCCAGCCACCUUCUCCGGUACCAGAAGGGUCAGAAGAAGGAUCUUCACCAAGGGGUUCUGUUUCAGAGAAUGGAAAUGCGAAUGACUCUGAGUUCACUAAUGCUACAGCUUUUAUUUCAAAAUUGACCGAGGAAAAGAACAAUGCAAUUAAACAAAAUAACAAGCUUCGUCAGGAACUGGAACUACUGAGGCGUGAAGGCUAUAAAAAUCGUGCUACUGGUGUCUCCUUCCUGUUUGUCAUCUUUAUUGGAUUGCUUGGCAUAAUUUUGGGGUAUCUCAUGAAGAAGACAUAAGCUUGUCGUUGUGAAAGAUAUUUUGCAUAUAUUGACCGCAAUUUCCCCCGUCUUCCUGAUCAACUUGAACGAUGAUGAAAGGGAAAAGAAAGUAACACGCCACCCUGUACACUUUUUUUGGUUGUUAGCAGUAAACUUGUUAGGUGCGGUGCAGUCAUGGUUCAGGUCAUGAUCCUAACUGCCUGAUUAUCAAAGUAUUGUUCGGAAACUCAAUUAUUUUAGUUUAUCUUUAUAACAUGCAUUAUUUUAUGUUUCAACUUGAGAGAGAUGCCGUGUCCUGGACUUUCUGAUAAUGGUACUUGUGGUGACUCGAGUAAUGCUAUA